AUGGGAGAUACUAACAAACCUAAAUCGUACAUGCUUCUGGCCGGACGAGUUUUAUUGAUAUUCAUGUUCACCUCGUUGCUACACUUCGAAAUGAGUUUCUUGCAGGUGAUUGAAAUUGUUGUCGGAUUUGCUCUGAUUAUGCUUGUAUGUGUUGGUUACAAGACAAAGUUGUCCGCUAUGCUUCUUGUUGUAUGGUUGUUUGGCCUCAACCUAUGGCUUAAUGCUUGGUGGACUGUCCCAGCUGAUCGAUUUUACCGUGAUUUCAUGAAGUACGACUUCUUCCAGACAAUGUCUGUUAUCGGAGGUAUGCGCAUUUGGAAGCAAUUUCUCGAUUUCAUAGAAGUAACUGUCGCAGUAAGUAGAGAACCGGGGCGUUGA